CGGAGCGACAGGUCUCGGGCCCUCAGGCGGAGCGACAGGUGCCGGACCCCCAGGCGGAGCGACAGGUCUCGGGCCCCCAGGCGAAGCGGCGGGCGCUGGACCCCCAGAUGGAGCGACAGGUCUCGGACCCCCAGGUGGAGCGACAGGUCUCGGGCCCUCAGGCAGAGCGGCGGGCGCCGAGUCAUCUGGCACGACAGUGGGCUCCGAGUCAACUGGCAUGACCGCUGGCACUGGGUCAGACAUUGGAUCGUCUGGCUGGACAGCGGGCAUCGGGUCACCCGG